UAUCAUUUUGAAGUUUGUUGGCGUCAACCAUUAGGUGUUUAAACUACCUAAAAAUGUCGCAAACAUUAUUUUAAAUUACAAACAUUUUCAAGUGUUUGAUAGUCACUAAAAAUUAAAUGUGGGUCCCUUGCUCGAUGUAAAUAUGUUCUAUAUGUAGCCUUAACGGAAAUUCCACCACGAAAUUUUGUCUAAACCGGAUAAAACCAUAAUUUUAUUGCACUACUGUUGACUUCGAAAGCAUUUUCUCAUCUGCCUUUAGAAAACCAUGAACGGAGAGUGCAACAUUAAAAUAUCAAACAACAUUUGUACAUUUGGGAUACGCCGCCCACUCAGCAGCAUCGAGGUUCCAACCUUUCUUUUUACGUAACACGGUAACCACCUCGCAAGUCAAACGUUAUAACAUCUUCUCGGAUUCCUAUCUAAUUUAUUCAUUAGACCAUAAAACUUGUCAAUCGGAUCCCACCCCGCGUUCCGUUAAAAUUUCUGUCCCAAGCAAUUUUAUUCACAACCGGAGAAAGUGAAAUUUGAACAUAAAAAUUCAAAUUAACGUUUUUUUCGUAUAAAAACCGUUCGAGGAAUCUGAAGGCCAACAUUUAUCUGUCCUGUAUUUAACCAAUACCAUCAUGAAUGCACUCGUGGUCGCAUCCGCGGUACUAGCUUUUGCUGCACCAGCAAACUGUGGAGUACUAGGCGGCGGAGCCCUAGUGGAUUCCGGCCCCAUUCUCGCCCAAGGUCAUAUCGAAGCUGGACCCUCCUUAGAACACGGCCAUGGUCAGUUAGUCGCCUCCGGUCCGAUCUAUGGACAAAGCGCUUCGUUUUCUGAUAGCGGAUUUGGACAUGGACACCUUGUCGACUCUGGUCCUAUUUACGGACAAGGUGAUCUUGGCGGCUUUGGGGGGGGACAUGGACCGUUGGUAGAUUCGGGACCAAUAUACGGCGCUGGUCACCAUGAUUAUGGACAGGCGAUCGAAUCUGGACCUAUUAUAAGCCAUGGCGACGGCUUCGGUCAUGGACAUGGUCAACUGGUCGAGUCGGGACCUAUUUUCGGAGAUUCCUUUGGACAUGGACAGGGACACUUGGUGGAGUCGGGUCCUAUUUUCGGUGCCGGACACGGUCACGGUCAUUUUGAACACGUACCGAUAGUUCACGACCACAUCAAAAUUUUAAAAGUAGCUAAGCACAUUCCAAUUCCGGUACCGGUGGUGGUGAAGAAGGUCGUCCCCGUCCAUCAUCAUCAUCAAAAGAAGGUGAUCGUUCACGACGUCCCGGUCAUCCACCACCACGCUCCCAUCGUCAAAGUGUUCAAAGUCAGGAAAAUUGUCCACGAUGACUGGUGGUAAACCGAAGUUAU